AUGGACGAAGACGAUUAUUGGAAUUCUAGCGAAACCAAAUCGCAGGCUUUCAGUUUUGAUGAUGAUGUUCUUUCUCCUCAAGAAAUACUUGCUAUUGGCCAGAAACCAUCUCAUGGACAAAAGGUGGAUAAUAUUUUCGCUAGCACUAGUGUUAGUACUGCCAAAAACUUGCUGCCAAUAAGUAGUUUAGUAUCUCCAAAAGUGUUGGAUUUAAUUCUCUUAGCGCAGUCUGGUAAAGAUCCAACAAAAGAAGUAAAAGUCAGCUGUGAGCAAACUGUUGCAGUGACAUUGAAAAGGCUUGUGCUUGGUAGGAAUUGUUCAUUACAUUUGCACAGAAGCUUGAAGAGCAAGACGGAAUUGUUGGACGGUGCCAUUGCUAUUGGAGAUGGCAAUGCUAUCUUAACAGUGGUUCUCUUUCUAAUACAAACCUUAAAUAAAAAACUGGUUUAUGAGUUACUUUCGUCUCGCACCAUAGCACUAAAUCAUUAUAUUAGUUUCCUGCAAAAUGAAGGAAAGAUAACUGAAUUGACAGAUCUGUUAACAAUGCUAGGCAGAAGUCCGGAAGCAGCGAUGUAUCAGUUUCAACAUUGUGUUAAGAGCCAGGGUAGCAAUGUGGACGGCCUGCUGAGGAAACUGAAUAACCUGAUGGCUAAUUACCUCAAUCAGCCCGGUGGAGAUACGCAUCAAGCCAAAAUGGUUGCCGAUUAUGUGAAGCUCUUGGAAUGGCAGAAGUUUGCUAACAAACAGGAGCUGAACAACAAAUCAGCGUUGUAUUGUUUAGCAUAUUGUUGCGCGCAACACUGGAGCGAGACGGCGGGCAACAUGAUGUCGCCGAUGACGAUAUGUCAGAGACAACAGAUACCUCCUAUACAAUAUGACUGGACAGUCUUGAAUGUUCACGCAAAGUCGGAAAAGUGGGACGUUGUCGAAACGUUAUUCACAAAAAAGGAUUGGCUCGGUAGAAUUACAGUGUCAUCUCAUAUACCAAUAGAGACUUUGCUAGCUCGCUUGAGCGAGUUGCAGGCGAGCAAGCGUCUUAUGGCGAUAUGUGUCAACAAGAUCACCUCCGCUGAAGACAGGCUGAGACUGGCACAGAUGUAUAAGAUAGAGACAGUUGUGAUCGAGACGUUGGCCAAGCAGAAGGAUAGGAUAGCAUUGACCAACUACAAAAUGACAUUAAGUCCACAAUCGGAAGUGUUCAUACUCGCUGAAAAUACAUUGAGAGAUCCUUCUAUCAAAUGGAAGAAUUGA